UGAUAAUAAAUCUCAAUUUAAGCAUAUUUUAAUAUCCCCCAAAACCAUCUUAUUAUUUACAAAACUAUUUAAAACAAUAAACUAAUGAAUUUCUAGUGCGUAAUGGAUCACAUGAGUAAGAAUACUUCUUUAAAAACUAUGAUGACAGCUAGCUAAUUAUCUUUCGCCACGGAGUCUGACGUCGCAAUCGUCAUUGAUGACGAAAGCGCUUCGGAGUCCGAAGAUACCCGAAGUGGAAGGCAAGAUGGAUUCCAGCGGGCAAGUUGGUCAUGAUACUGAUUCAAGCUCUGAUGAGCUUCCACCUGUUAGAAGUGGAAGAUUGGCAAGAGGGGUUUCUGCAAGAGGAGGUGUCCGUCAUGCCAGAGGCAGAGUGAGAUCUGGUCGUGCCAGGGGCAGGGGGCAGGGUGUUCGACGCGGCAGAAGGCAAACUACAGUAGAUAGGAGAGAUGUGGUUGCUGCAAGAAAUACUCAGUUACAAGAACGCAUUCAUAAUAUGCCAGAAAAUAACUUGAGAGAUCUGGUCUACCAACUCUGCCAGAGGAAUCCAAGUUUGGUUUUUGGUGUCCUGGAGGAGUGUAGCAAGGCCGAAAGGGGUGAACACCAUCCACCCCCUGCUCACAUGCAAGGGCAGCCUGACUGGUGUAGCUGUUCUCAUUGCAGGGAAAUGCCCACACAAGUAGAACGUGUCUGUUGUAACCAAACAGAGCAGAACUGUUUCUCAAGACUCAGAGACUUUGAUAUCGUAGUUCUUGAUGAACUAAUUUUACACGUUGCACGGACAUACAGACAAGAAGUAUUUGCCAUUCAAGAUAAUGAUGACUACAACAGAGCCAAUCGUCAUGCUGGGUACAGACAGUAUACUUUGUGGCAGCAUGGACAUCUAGGAGCUGGGAACCGCAGACCUAUCCCAAGCUGUUGCGUUUGGAAAACCAGAGACAAAUAUCCGAAUGCUUUUGGACAGUAUAGAGGUUAUGUACCUGGCAGACUUGGAUAAAUAAUUAAAUUCAAUGAAUUUAUUGUAAAGAAUUGAGCUUUUGUUUAUUUCUGGUUAUGACAU